AUGGCGGAGGGCCGGCGGCGGAGCGGGGCGGCGCGGCGCCCCCCGAGCCCGAGCCCCGUCCCCAGCCCGACCCCCGGCCCGGCCCCGCGUCGCGCCGUCAGCGUGUGCGAGUCGCUGGACCUGCAGGGCGUCCCCGCCGUCCGCGCCGCGCUCGGGGCCGCCCAGCAGCAGCGGCGCCGGCCCAAGAGCUUCUGCGCGCCGGGCGGCGGGGCGGGGGUCGGGCCGGGGGUCGGGGCGCUGCUGGGCUCCGCUCCGCGCAGCCGGGUCGGGCUGCUCGACUUCUUCCGACCGCGGCGCCGCGACGACGGGGACCGCGGGGCGAACAUCGGCGGCGGGGAGCCGCGAUCGCGGCCCGGCAGCGUGACGUUCCUGGCCGCCGCCCGCCCGCUGCCCGCCGACAGCCCCGGCUUCCCCCGCGGGGGGUCCCUGUGGGGCAGCCGCCGGUGGAACCCGUUCGGUCGCGGCGGCUCCGGCCCCCGGCGGCACCUGAGCGCGCUCCGAAAGAGCUUCAGCUUCCGCCUGCGCCGGGGCCACGAGCUGCGGCGCUGCGAGUCGGGCGGGCUGCGCCCCGCGAGGCUCCGCACCAAGAGCGAGGGAGACGCGGGGUCCGUGCACGCGUGUCCCAGCAAACGGGACCUGCUGUACCCGGAGCUGGGGCACGACGCGCUGCGCCACGAGCCGGGGCCGCCCGGCGGGAUCUGGAAGCUGCUCACCGGCCGCUUCCGACGGCGGGAGCGCGGAGCCGGCACCGGCACCAAGGAGCCCCGCGGCGGCAACGAGCCGGUGCUGCUGGGCGGCGGGGCGCUGAGAGCGCUGGAUUCCUUUGUGAACAGCCAGGAAUGGACCCUGAGCCGCUCGGUGCCUGAGCUGAAGGUGGGCAUAGUGGGGAACCUGUCCAGCGGCAAGUCGGCCCUGGUGCACCGCUACCUGACCGGCACCUACGUGCAGGAGGAGUCUCCAGAGGGUGGCCGAUUCAAGAAGGAGAUCGUGGUGGAUGGUCAGAGUUACCUGCUGCUGAUUCGCGAUGAAGGCGGCCCCCCCGAGCUGCAGUUCGCUGCCUGGGUUGAUGCCGUGGUGUUUGUCUUCAGCCUGGAGGACGAGAUCAGCUUCCAGACAGUGUACAACUACUACCUGCGGCUGUGCAGCUACCGGAACACGGCAGAGGUGCCCAUGGUGCUGGUGGGCACACAGGAUGCCAUCAGUGCCACCAACCCCCGCGUCAUUGAUGAUGCCAGAGCAAGGAAGUUAUCAAACGACCUCAAGAGAUGCACUUACUACGAAACCUGUGCCACCUAUGGGCUGAAUGUGGAGAGGGUCUUCCAGGACGUGGCUCAGAAGGUGGUGGCUCUGAGGAAGAAGCAGCAGCUCUCCAUCGGUCCCUGCAAGUCCCUGCCCAACUCACCCAGCCAUUCGUCUGUCUCCGCAGCCUCCAUCCCUUCUGUUCACAUCAACCAGGCCACCAACGGCGGAGGAGCCUUCAGCGACUACUCCUCCUCGGUGCCCUCCACCCCCAGCAUCAGCCAGCGGGAGCUGCGGAUUGAGACCAUCGCUGCCUCCAAUACACCCACCCCCAUCCGCAAGCAGUCCAAGCGGCGCUCCAACAUCUUCACGUCUCGGAAGGGCGCGGACGCAGAGCGGGACAAGAAGGUGCCGGAGUGCAAGGCAGACAGCAUCGGCAGCGGGAGGGCCAUCCCCAUGAAGCAGGGCAUGCUGCUAAAGCGAAGUGGCAAGUCAUUGAAUAAAGAAUGGAAGAAGAAAUAUGUGACGCUGUGCGACAACGGUGUGCUCACCUACCACCCCAGCCUGCAUGACUACAUGCAGAACGUGCACGGGAAGGAGAUCGACCUGCUGAGAACCACAGUGAAGGUGCCCGGCAAGCGGCUGCCCAGGGCUACGGCGGCAGCGCCCGGCGCGAGCCCCAAAGCCAACGGGCUGGCGAAGGAGCGGAGCAGCACACAGCUGGCAGCCAGCACGGGCGCCCCACAUUCCAGCAGCAGCACCUCCCUGCACUCGGAGCGCUCCAUCAGCGGCAUCAACCUGGUGGGCUUCAGCUCCAAGCCCGACGGCAUGCACCAGCGCUCCUACUCUGUCUCCAGCGCCGAUCAGUGGAGCGAGGCCAUGGCGCUGCCCGGCGCCUGCCCCAACCCCGCCAACGGCACUGCCGAUUCCCUCAGCUCCAGCCCCAACAUCUCCACCACCGCCAGCCCCAAGCUGGAGCCGCCCCCGUCGCCGCAUGCCAACAGGAAGAAGCACCGCAGGAAAAAGAGCACGGGGACGACGCGGGCAGACGGCCCCAGCACGGCGGCUGAAGAGCCAGAUGAACCCUUUGAGUUCAUCAUCGUGUCCCUGACGGGCCAGACGUGGCUCUUUGAGGCCUCAACGUCAGAGGAGCGGGAGCUCUGGGUGCAGGCCAUCGAGAGUCAGAUCCUGGCCAGCCUGCAGGGCUGUGAGAGCAGCAAGAACAAGGCACGGCUGGGCAGCCAGGGAGAUGCACAGGCCAUGCAGGCAGUGCGCACCGCGCGGGGGAACAGCUUCUGUGUGGACUGCGAUGCGCCCAAUCCUGACUGGGCGAGCCUGAACCUGGGUGCCUUGAUGUGCAUCGAGUGCUCUGGGAUCCACCGCAACCUGGGCACGCACCUCUCCCGCGUGCGCUCGCUGGACCUGGACGACUGGCCUGGAGAGCUGCUCACCCUGAUGGCCGCCAUCGGCAACGCCUUGGCCAAUGCUGUCUGGGAGGGAGCCGUGGAGGGGUACCCCAAACCAACCCCCGAGAGCAGCCGGGAGGAGAAGGAGCGCUGGAUCCGAGCUAAGUACGAGCAGAAGCUCUUCCUGGCGCCGCUGCCGCAGUCCGACAUCCCGCUGGGGCAGCAGCUGCUGCGGGCGGUGGUGGAGGACGACCUGCGCCUGGUGGUGACUCUGCUGGCACACGGCACCAAGGAGGAGGUCAACGAGACCUACGGGGACGGCGACGGGCGCACGGCGCUGCACCUCUCCUGCGCCAUGGCCAACGUCGUCUUCACGCAGCUGCUCAUCUGGUACGGGGUGGACGUGAAGAGUCGGGAUGCCCGGGGUCUGACCCCGCUGGCCUACGCGCGCCGUGCGGGCAGCCAGGAGUGCAUCGACAUCCUGCUGCAGCACGGCUGUCCCAGCGAUGGCGCCGCGCUGACCCCCAGCCUGCCCCGCCGCAACGCCAACGCCAACAACAACACCUGCACCGCCGUGCCGCCCCAGCUCAGCGCCAGCCCCAGCGCGGUGUAGCGCCCUGCAGCGGGGCCGAGGGCUGUUCCCUGUGUGCUCCCCCCCGUGGACCCCUGCUGUGCUGUGCCCAGGUCAUGGGGGCUCUGAAAGGGGCAGCUGUGCAGGCCCAGCGCUGUCUGUGUGCGGAGAGUACUCUGGAUGGUACUCAGUACCCCCAUUUCAUGACCGGUACAGGGGAAGGAGAGACAGUUCCUGUGUGCCCCCGCCACGCUCACAUGUACGUAGUGCAGGGCUGGAGGUGGUCUGGGAUGCUGCCCACCCCUGGGCAGUGGUUUGGGGAGGACCAGUUCUGCCCCUGUUCCUCUGCCCUCCAUUUGGCCACGAGGUGCCCCAGUGCAGUGGGGCAGUGGGGGGCAGUGGGAGGUCUACACGUAACUGCAGCCCUCUGCCCCUCUCUGCUUCUGAACAGUAUGGGGGUCCCUUUGCUGGUACUGCCCCCCCGCCCCCCACUGAUGCCAAGGGAAUGUCCCUCCCUGCAGCCCCUGGACGGACCCCUCAGCCCCACUGUUUACCAGGGGGGUAGAGGACGCUCUGGGGCCCGUGUGUCUGUCUGUCUGUGUAAAGUCACUGUCCCAUCAGGUUGAAGCCCCUGAGCCGUGCACAGUGCCUCCAUCCCGCGGGUCCCACUGCUGCCCUGUGGCUGAGCAGGGGGGAGGAGCGGAGCUCCUGCUCUGCUUGGGGCCGUCCUGCAGCUGAGCACCGGGACCGCGAGGCUUCGAGCGCCGCCUCGGAACGUCUCCAUCACUUGUGUAUAAAGUGUACAUUGGAAAUAUUUAUAUGGACACUCUGUAUAUAGUGUUUCUUUGCCAUGAAUUGCCCUGUGUGUGUUACCUGCAGCCAAGGAGAUGAAGGCCAAUAAAGCACCCACUUCCUGCC